AUGUCGAGACAAAAGUCGACUCCGGCUUGGAGCGAAGUUCUCACGGAUACUUCGAGGGGCCAUUCAGGCUAUGGUUACUUCUGCGCGCUAGCCAGGCCACAGGAUGGAUCGCCUCUGGGAUAUUUCCAGUUCAAGGGCACUACGACAACCACGGGCGAAUCCUGGAUUCUGCCAUCAGGUGUGAACAUCGACAAGGCCCUCUACGACCAUGCGAUGGCCUUCGGCUACGAGUCCUCCCUGUAUACUUUCAUCAUUGACACGGCCAACAAAGACCACCAUUCCGGAGGAAUGGAGACUGGCAAGCGAGAUGAGAGCACGGUUGGCAUCAAGCUGCUGCUGGACGAACGCAAGUUAUCAAAAGUUUUCAAGGACAUACUGGAUCAUAUCCUUUGGCAAGACCAAGAUCCUGCAGUAUUGAGCGCAGAAAAUAAAAUCAUUGGCUUGGUUCAGUCAUGUCUUCGAGCAGACUUUGUCUCUCUAGAUCAGGUUGCUGGCAGGUUCUCGCGAUUUAUCUGGGAGAAAAGCUUCGGCGUCCCAGUUGUGCUUGAAAACAAUGGGAUGCAUACCAUCUUGCUACUUAUCAAAGAGCUUCGGGUGCUGGAAAAGAGUGUCAAGUUCGCCAUGUCCACCACGAAGGCCUCGAUAUAG